UUCUCAGAUAUGCCGUGUUCGUGUUGCUGUUGAGUGAGCGCGUGUUAGACUUUGUAAGAACAUGUAAUAAUUAAUGUUCCGGCAGGUAACUUAGUGUUCAUAAUGUUUACAGUGCCAUUAUUAUAUCUCUACACUUCGGGUUACCGGGUGAGCGCUGUUUCUGUGCGAAGAGAACUGUUUGCGAACUAAUAACGUCGUAAAACCAUCCGGUUUGUCCGUGUUCCGACCUACACUAGUCUACAGUUCGUUAUGUACGUCCUCUCCAGCCGUCAUGGCAGUCAGGCUGUGUGAUGUGGCUUCUCUUCUGAGAAGUGGCUCGUGGGCAGCCGAGCCGUGGACUGGGCAGGUGAUCGCUGCCAUGGAGACGCAGCUGUCCAAUGGGCCGAGCUGUACCUCCAACAACGGUCCCAACAGCGUCUCUAACAACUGCUCGUCACCUGUGGAGAUGCCCAACGGUACUGAGGACAGUAAAACCAACCUGAUCGUGAACUACCUGCCACAGAACAUGACGCAGGAGGAGCUCAAGAGUCUGUUCGGCAGCAUCGGAGAGAUUGAGUCCUGCAAACUUGUGCGGGACAAAAUCACUGGUCAGAGUCUGGGUUAUGGCUUUGUGAACUAUGUAGAGCCCAAAGAUGCAGAGAAAGCCAUCAACACUUUAAAUGGUCUCCGACUGCAGACUAAAACAAUCAAGGUGUCAUUUGCUCGACCGAGUUCGGCCUCCAUUCGUGACGCUAACCUGUACGUGAGCGGUCUUCCUAAAACCAUGACCCAGAAAGAGCUGGAGCAGCUCUUCUCUCAGUACGGCCGCAUCAUCACCUCCAGGAUCCUCGUGGAUCAGGUCACAGGAGUGUCCAGAGGUGUGGGCUUCAUUCGAUUUGACCGGCGUGUCGAGGCCGAGGAGGCGAUUAAAGGGCUGAACGGACAGAAACCACCUGGUGCCACCGAGCCAAUCACGGUGAAGUUUGCCAACAACCCCAGUCAGAAGAGCAGCCAGGCGCUGCUGUCCCACCUGUACCAGUCGCCCAACAGACGCUACCCAGGACCGCUGGCGCAGCAGGCCCAGAGAUUCAGGCUGGAUAAUCUGCUCAACAUGGCAUAUGGAGUCAAGAGGUAUGUUCAUCUGAGCUGCUGCUUGUUGUGA